AUGUCUGAUGCUGCGGCCCAGAACACGCCCAAUUCCAGCCGGCGCUCAAACACCCCGGAGGAGACGACCACCGAAGUCCGAAAACGGCGCAGGAUAGCCCUUUCUUGCUACGAUUGCCGCCGCCGCAAGCUGCGAUGUGAUCGCGAGUAUCCCGCCUGUGGGCGCUGCCGCAAAGGCGGCCAUGCAGACACUUGCUCCUACGACUCCCGCGCAGAGCCGCCUGCAGGAGCCCGCAAUGGCCACCAGCCAGUCGCAGAGAGCGAUGACGACCGAGCCGCCAUCUUAAGUCCGACCAGCUCCAACACCGUUCCAAGAGCCCCGGUCGUGCCCGACGCCGCCCGGCACGGUUCUCGGGACAGCGCGGAUCUGCUCUCUGUCCAGCGCAAGAAGAUCGCUGAGCUUGAGACUCGCCUCGCUCAGCUCGAAGGUAAGGCCAAGGACCCCUUCAGCAACGGCCAGGCAAUCCAGCAUGCUGGCGACGAGCUUUUGUGGCCGAACCCCACCUCCUCCAACCGCCGCGGCGCCGAGGAGGAGGAGAGUGAGACUAUGCUUCUUCGAGGCAAGGCAUUCAAGACGGCGUACUUUGGCAGGAGUAAUAUUACCAGCGUCGUCAUCACACAUUUCCCUGGCCUGCGUUCGUUUAUGCAGGCCACGUUCAAGCAGUAUCCCGCUUUGAUGCAGGGUCGGCCAGAGAUCAAGGCGAUUCGCGAGCGUUGGAAAAAGCACAAGCUGCUGUCGACCCCGACUGUGGACCUAGAAGCACUCCUCCCGCCCAAAGACAACGUCGACCACCUAGUGCGCCACUACUUUGAUACCCUUGAAACUACCCACAGGAUACUCCAUGUACCUAACUUCUGGGAUGAAUACGCACACUUUUGGUCUGAACCGUCCAGGCGUCGGCCAGAGUUCACGGCGACGGUGCUUGCUGUCAUUUCCACAGUUAUUACUGCAACAUUCGAUCCUCCAACUACCUAUCGCGCCGACCGACCCAUCCAGGUCGAGACAGCCAUGGAGUGGAUUGAAUCUAUUGAGCGUUGGCUAUCGAUGCAGAGUCGAAAGCAUGCCGACCUAAGCCACUUCCAAAUCCGAUGUCUCUUGAUGCAGACCAAAUGCGUCAAUUCGAUAAAGUGGAAGGAAAUUUGGGGUCAUUCCAGAGACUUGAUCACUUUUGGGUUGUCUACAGGUCUGCAUCGUGAUCCAAGCUGGCUUGUCAAAGAGACGACCAUCUUCGACCAGGAGAUGAGACGCCGCCUUUGGUGGACGAUGCUUGAAAUGGAGCUACAAUGCUCCAUCUAUCGCGGUAUGCCAUCAUCGUCGCACGGUCUUUUCACCGACACUUCGCCACCACUGAAUGUGAAUGAUGAAGACAUUGACAACACAGCCCGAAAGGCGCCGCCGACCCCUUGGCCUGUUCAAGAAUUCACGGCGACCUCCUACCUCUAUGUUUCGGCGAAAAGCAUGCCGUUGCGAGUUGAGAUCAACUCGGCCUUGAACAAUGCAGCAGCACCACUCACUUAUGACGAAACAAUGGAAUACGCUGAAAAGGUGGUUGCGGAACUGGAGAAAAUCCCUGCUUGGAGCGGCCGAGAUGACUCAAAGAUCACUCGCAUGCUCCUCGACAUCCAAUUGCGACAAUUUCUUGUCCUACUCCACGAACCAUUCGCACGAAAGGCCGGGUCUGAUUCUCGUUUUCAAUACUCACGCACAGCAUGCUUCGACUCGGCAGCCUCCGUCAUAGAACAACACUACAAGAUCAUGUCGAUGGGCAACAAGACGGUACUGCUGCCUCUUUGGAACGAUACGGCUCGUGCCGCCAUCUCCAUCAUCCACAACGCUUUCAUGUCGAGCCUAGCGCAGGACUACCGAUUCUUCCAGAACCACAAAGCUGCGAUUGCGGACCUAGUAGAGAAGUCUCUUAUCCUCAUUGAGGAAAAGGCCACCCGCACUGGCGCAGGGUUCGGCCACAUGGGGCACAUCUCGGCAGCUUACGACUUGCUCAUUGCCAAAGUGCUUCCCGAAAAGAAAGACGAAGUGCUCAAGCACAAUGUGGAAAGAGUUUUGAGACUACAUCGGACCAUGAUGACCAGUCAGGAACGGCUUCCUGAGCUACCGUCGGAAACGCCGCAAGCCAAUAAUCAACCCGUUGUUCCGAUAGGGUACACCACCGCUCCCGGCAUGCCUAACGUCCAGCUCCCGUAUGGCAUCCAGAUGGCGCAACCCGGUUCCGAGCAACAGCCCAUCAUUUCCUUCCCUGAGAUUCAAGGUUGGGGCCUUGAUGAACUGUGGGGAUUUGGUCCCACCGAUCUGUGA